AUGGCAAACAUUAACAUUGAGAAUUUGAUUAAAACGGACCGAUUUUUGACCUGGCUCCAGGUACCGUCCUGUGCGCGUUGUUCGUUGCCGUUCUCGAACAAUGGACCGGAAGACCUGGUUCAGCGGCUUCCGUUGCUGCUCAGCUGCCACCACAUGCUGUGUGGUCCGUGUGUGCGCGAAUUCUGCAACUGUGACACUAUACGCUGCGAACAGUGUCUCCAUGAGACAGUGGUGAAGGAUUGUGAUAAUCCUGCCUCGGUCCUGAACCCUAGCUACUAUCUACUCGGUAGCAUCCAGCAAGCACAGUACGAACUGGAGAAUCUCGAAUCUUACCGUGAUGCACGACGGAACUCCGAGCGUCAGGAAAUCACCGCGGAAACGGUGUCGCCCGGCGAGACGCUACUCGUUUCCCAGCUGGACAGCGCAAAAAAAGUUCAGGCGCUGUUAGAAGAUGCAUACCAUUCGUACGAACGUUCCAAAAACCAACUAGAAAAGUUCGACCGCGAGCAGCGGAGCAACGUUGGCUCGGUGAUCGGGAAAGUCAAUGACUACUUUCUGCAACUGCACAACACAUUGCAACAGGUACAGGACCAACAGUUGCAGAGAAUUCGCAACAAGUAUGCCGAGAUUCGGCGCCAGCAGGAGGACGAUCAGUUGCAGCUCGGGGAGGUGCACGGUCAACUCACCAAGUUCCUGAAAAUGAUAAAAUGGUUCAAUGACAAAGAUAAGAAACAAAAAACUAGCCCACCCUGGUUGAACUUUGUCCAGGAUGUGAAAACGUAUCUUGAAAACGAACCGAUUCAGCUUCGGGGUAACUCCCUCCGGCAGCAGCAGCAUCCAUUCCGCUUUAGCGGCGGUGAGGCGACCUUGGCGUCUGUGUCACGUCUGGAUCACGGUCGGCUGGUGUCAGAAACGUUAACGGUCAAAGAGCUGGCAAAGUUAGUACCAUUUACUACCCAGUCGAAAUCAAAAGCGAAACAGAAGCGAAAUACCGAUAGCUCUUCGGAGAGAAAGGAAACGCUGAACACCGACCUCAGUUCCACCGUCCGACCACAGGAGGACGGAACGAGCAACCCUGAACAGACCCAUAAGACGUUUCUGGACCACCAAGGUAUCCGUGUGCUCGUGACGCACAUCGUGUCGCCGCAGCAGCUGUACGUGCAGGAUGAAAGGUUUGCGAAAACUGCACCCGCCCUGGCAGAAUUGUGUAAUUCUGAGGCCCAGAAGUAUCACACUGAGCUUGAGGGCCCGUUUACGAUCGCGGAGGGUUCGCUGUAUCUCGUGCGGCCCGUCGUCGAGUCAUCGUUUUCCUGGCCUGCCAAGUGGUACCGGGCGCGAGUGACUCGCAAAUAUCCACCGCAGCAGUAUCUCGUCCAGUACAUCGACUUCGGGCAUCUGGAAAUGGUGCGAGAGGAUCAAAUUCGGCCGAUAUCACCUGAACUCAAUGGGUUUGUGAUCGGUGCGCAGAAGGUUUCCCUGUACGAUGUGACACCCAAGGUGCGUGCGUCCGGAACCAACGACGAAUGGGCGGAGGAGUGCCGUCAGCUGAUGGUCGAUUUCAUCGCCAAUCGACAGGUGGUGAUGGUCGUGCUGACAAAGGAAGGGAACGUUCAAUCACUGCGCGAAGCGCUGCACUAUUUCGAUCUGUGCCAGACGGUACCCGGUGAUCGGCAACAGCCCAAAGCUGCACAACGCCUGAAACGCUGGCUGCAGAUGCAUAGGAGCAAACAUAGGAACAAUACAACGUCGCCACGCAAGAUCGUCCAACACGACAGCUUUCCGUGCACGAUCCGGCACAGUACGACACCGGACAAUUUCCAGGUUAUGCCCACCAAGUGGGGUGUGGACAUUCUGGAACCGAUACAACAGGAGCUCGAUCAAGGCGCCUCGGAGCGUGCCAAAGUGUACGCUCCUUACGUAGGACAGGUUUGUGCCUUCACCGACCAACGGGAAACACAAGGCGGUGGCACAGGGCACUGGAUGCGGGGUCGGGUGACGCACGUUGGCGUUCGCCAGUGUGAGCUGUUGGCGAUAGACAGCGGCAAACUGUAUGCCAACAUCGCUUGGGAUAACAUCCGGUUGAUGGCCGCAGAAUCCUUAACGCUAUGGGUCGCUCCCGUGGUCGUCAACUGUCAACUGGCGUACAUUCGCCCGAAGCCGACCAACAACGACAAAGACGGUGCAGGGGACAGCUGCCAAUGGUCUCGCGAAGCGGUACAGGAGUUUAAUCAGAUCCUCGCAAGUCGCACGAUGCAGUUCGAGGUGACGAUCGAGACAAAGCCCGAGGAUAACGUUCCCUACAGCGUACUGCUUUACCUGCUCAACCGGAAGACGCGCGACACGUGUGUCAAUGGUCUGCUCGUUCAGAAUGGGUACGCCGAGUGUGUCAGCCCGCGCAGUGAUCUGAUCGCCGAUCGUGUCAAAGAGGUGAUCGCCGAACCGGAAAGCAUACAGCGGAAAAAGAUGUCGGGGCGAAAGGCAGGUGGCUUAAAGCCAUCGCAGACCGUUUUGCUCAGCGAUCCCCGAGUUCCAGUUAAACUUCUGCGUGUCCAGUCACCGGCCGAAUUUUACGUCCAGCGCAAGUCCUGCAAAGCCGGCAUGGAGCAGCUACACCACGAGAUCCAAGAGUACAUGGACGAUCGCAUCGAAGAAGAGGAAGCAGAUGCGGAACAGGAACAGCGUGCGAUCGGUGACGUUUGCGUAGCGUUCGCACGUGCGCCCGGGAGCGCCUCCUGCGAGUGGUACCGUGCGCAGGUCACGGCCAUUCUCGAAGGUGACAACAGCCAGUACGAGAUGUUUCUGAUCGACCAGGCUGUCAGCGUGCAGGUUCAUCGAGCGAACAUGGCACGCCUUCCACAACGCUUCGCCCAAAUCCAGCCGGCUGCAAUCCGAUGCAAGCUGGCCAACGUGAAGCCGGUCGGUGGCAGCGAUCGGUGGCACCAAUCGUCGAUCGAUAACUUCAAAAGUGUCGCUUGCUCGUUUCCCGCCCAUGCCGUGUUGCUCGAGCGCAACCACGAGACCACCCGGGAACUCCCGGUGGUGCUCUGGGGCGUCCGAGUGGAGGAAACGGGUGCUCUGACUCCACGGCGUACCGUUUACACCAACGUCAAUCGGUCGCUAGUGGAUAGCGGGUAUGCGCAUCGGAUCGCACCAACUGAGCCGCCCGGUGGCAGCGAUCCCCCCGUCAGCCCACCAACUGUCGACGAUGAAGUGCAAACGUUCGAGAAGGCGGUCACCAGUCAGUUUGAAACGGAGUACAGACAAUUGCAGCAGUUUUUUCGAGCCAUCGACGACGCCACCAGCCAAACGGCGUCGUCUGCAAAACUUGUAAAGUCAACGGCGAGCCGGGACGACGAGGCGUGGGAAGAAACGAUGCGUUCACUGAUCGACCGGCAGGUGAUGGAGAUCGCCGAUUGGCCCGACGCACUGCCAGUCGAAAAGUCCAUCUUUGUCGGUACACCGACGCACGUGGGAACGGAUGGAACGAUCUACUUGCAAGACGAGUCCUACCACUCGGUGGUCACGCAGAUGAAAAACGAAAUCCAGCAGUACGUAACCACAACGACCGAGAUGGGCGAUGGGCGUAUCAAAAGCCGACUGCUUGCCGUCGGGGAUGUUUGUCUCGCGCGCUUCUACUUGGACCAAAACUACUACCGUGCCCGGGUGACGGCGAUUGGGAAGGGCAAGACUUACAGUGUGCAGUUCGUUGACUAUGGCAACAUAGAACAGUGCACGAUCGAUGAUCUGCGCUGCGACACGAUCUGCUGCCGGAUGCCGGUUCUAGUGAAUGGCUUCCGUCUGCAUGACCUGGAGCCACGCGAAAGUGUACCCGGUGGUCAGUGGCCCGAUGCGGCACUGGAUACCCUGCACUCGCUGAUCGUGACGAAACGGUGCACGGUGCGUGUCAUUGGCAAACGGUUACGGGGCGAUCCUGAUCCUCGUUGCACACUGCACAUCGUCGAUGGCAAUGUGGACGUUGCCGAGGUUCUCUGCGGCUUGCAACUGUUUGUCCGAGGCGAAGACAAGAAGCAGAAGAAGAAGCGUGACAGUAAUUUAAUCGUACAGUUCACUAAUGCACCCUCCGAUGCGCCGUGCCGCAGCAUCAUGGACAUAAUGAAUGAAAUAGUGUGCGACGACGAAGGCAUCGAAGGGACAGAUGACCCUUAUGCGCACGACGAUGGUUACGAUGACAACGCGAGUAACAGUGACAGGGCGACUCAUUCCUCGGGCAGUUCCGUGUGCGAUCCUAUCGAUCUGCUAUCAGCUGCGCGCGACUUCGGCGAACCGCCGAUGGUCGAUACUCCUCUUCCUUCGCCGGAAUCGUUUAACUCGCACGAGUUCGAAACCUCGUCCUUGCGGUCGUCGGUGGAGCGCCUGUUGGGAGAGUCGCACCUUCGGAAGUUGGGUGGAUGUGGCUCUUUCGCCGGGUUUCCGAUACUUCAGUUCGAUCAGUAUCAGCGAGGGUUCUACGCCGUGUACACCAACUACACCGAUCCGCUGACCCUUCACGUGUAUCCCCAAAUCGAGGGUCACACGAUUCGAAUGGGUCAAAUGGCGCAGGCCAUCCAGACGUAUGUCAUGUCGAACAAUAAGUUCCACAAGUGGCAAGCGUCGCUGCUCGAACCGCAAGCCCCCUGCCUGGCCCGGUUUGCGGAGGACGGGCAAUUCUAUCGGGCCGUGAUCGAGGGGUGCGACCACGAGACGCGUGAAGCUCGCGUCCUGUUCGUCGACUACCUGAAUCGUGCUACGGUUCCGAUCGAUACGGGCAUCCGCAAGUGUCCGACGGCGAUCCAGAGCAUUCCGCUGCACAAUGUUACCGUGCGAUUGGCGGGCGUUCGGCCCAACCCACGCAACCGAGAGGACGACGUGGCGUGCCAGCUGGCUACGCGUCUGCAGAAAUCGUUCUACGUUCGCCUGCUGCACCAAACCUACCAGAGGGCAGAGGGCGGCCUACCGAUACCGCUGGUGGAGCUGUACACCAGCGAGGACUACCGCACGCUCGUUUACCAACCGCUGAUGGACGAGAAGUUCUUCCUGACAGAUCCCCUCGGUUCAACCAAAUGAUGCGUU